AUAAUAAAGAAAUUCUUGUUAGAUUUACAUCAGGAGUUUGGAAAGGACCCCGAAUAAAUUAUUCUACUGUUAAAAAAGAAAUCCUUUCAAUUGUUCUUUGCAUACAAAAAUUUGAAAGUGAUUUGCUAAAUCAAAAAUUUCUAUUACGAAUUGAUUGUAAAUCUGCAAAAGAUAUACUUCAAAAAGACAUAAAGAAUGUUGCAUCAAAACAAAUUUUUGCAAGAUGGCAAGGCAUAUUGUUUGUUUUUGAUUUUGAUAUUGAGUUUAUAAAAGGAUCAGAUAAUUGCUUACCUGAUUUCUUAACUCGUGAAUUCUUGCAGGGACAUAAUGAAUAAAGACAAAGGGAAGGCAAAAGCCACUGGUGAACCUUAUAAGGUUCCUUCAUACAAAAAUGUUGUGGGAAAAACCCCAGAACAAUUGAGAAAAGAAGCCUUAAAGGCCACGCCAAAAGAAAACAAACUUAGAGAUGAUGCAUAUGCUAUUGCAGUAUCGUCUAAUAUGACGAAUGAAUUCGUUUAUCCAUAUCUUCCUAUUUCUACAAUAUGGAUCGCACCAAUAGAGCUUAAAUAUGCUCAUCUUGCUGCUAAUGAAGCUGCUAAAUUCUACCUUCAAGAAUUUGCAGACCCAUUUCUUUAUCCUAAGGAUUACAAUUUUUAUUAUGCAAUACUUGACUCUACUGGUUCUGUAGAAUUUGAUUCUGUUAAUCGAACAGGUGGUGAAUGGGCUUAUUCCAAAGCUUUCUUCAAAAAGGUAAUUACUCCUCAACAAUGGAAUGGAGACCUUUAUAGAUUCAGAGAACUUCCUAAAUAUAGAAAGGAACAAAAUAAAUUUUGGUUCAACUAUUUUGAUUAUAUCAAAGCUUGGGAUGGUGCUUUCUGUUAUGAGAACAGACAAAGAAAGCACAGUUGGUUUUUCCAAUUUAGAGAUUUUGAUCAAAGUUCUCCUUUACCACAAAACCGACGACUCGAUUAA